AUGUCCAACGCUCUAGAACAAUCCUUGGAUGAUAUAAUCGGGGACCAGCAAAAGGCCCGGAGAAACGAGCACCAGAUUCUCAAGAGUGCUGAUGGCAGACCGAUGUUGAGAUUGAAGAACGUCCAUCCAGACUUGAAUGGUGAGGAUCUUUCCAACUUAUUUUUCAGCGUUGCUCCAGUUGACUUUAUCAAAUUUGACCCAAGAGAUGAAGCUGUUGCAUACGUUUGCUUCCAGCUGAACUUCAGUGAUAACAAUGCCAAAGCUGUGCAGAAGUUCGAUGGCAGAAAGGCCAUGGGCCAAACUUUGGUGGUUGAAAACGCCAUCUCUUUGGCAGACAGAAUAGCCCCACAGUCCAAUCCUAGAAGAAACCACGUUGGAAGAAAUGCAAGAGACGCUGCAAGAAUUGCGGAGAGAGAGCGUGAUGAUGCACCAAAAGCCAGAGAAGCACACAGAGCAAGAACAAGAGAGAAGAAGCCCAGACAACCCAGAAAACCAAGACCUGCUGCAAAGACUGCCGAGGAUUUGGAUGCUGAAUUGUCUGCUUACAUGAGCACUGAUCAGCAAAACGGUAAUAACGGCGCUGAUUCCGGCGCCUUUGCUGCCCAGGAUAACGGCGAAGCCAUGUUGGAUUAA